AGAGCUGCUGCUCGUCGCGCAGAAGCAUAGCGGCGGCGCGCGGCGCGUGGGUGGGCGGCGGCCAACGUGAUGCGCGGCGAGGGCAAGGGCGCCGCCGCGCCGGGUGGGGUGCGUGGCGAGCACCUGACCAGGCGGGGCCGCAAGGGGGGAAGCGUGAUGCGCGGCGAGGGAAUAGAUUUGACUUUCAGGUCGGCUAGAGAGUAGUGCGGGCACGGCGUCAGUAGUGUAGGUCUGCAAAUGUGUCAUGCUGUCGGGGACAACUGCACAUAUCCAUUGAAGAUAGAUAUAGGUGAAACACCUCUGUUUUUUGCAAUACUAGGUCAGGGAUCUCGGGCUAUUGUACAGUAUCUUAUCAACAGUGGUGCCGAUCCAAAUAAAGCAAACAAUCGUGGGAUUACUCCACUCCACCUUGCAGCAGGACAAGGUCACUGUGAAAUAGCAGAGUAUUUGUUGUCCAAAGGAGCUAAUGUUGAUCCCAUAUGUCAAGAUGGUGAAGCACCACUGCAUAUUGCUGCUCGCCGUGGAAUGUUAAGAAUGGUGAAAUUAUUGUUGAGCCAUCGUGCAGAUUGUAACAGACUUUCGGAUAAACUCCACACACCACUGGUGGCGUCCCUAUUUGGUUCUUCAUUGGAAUGCUUGGAGGCAUUUAUUAAGGCUGGUGCUAAUAUCAAUACUGGUAGUCGUGUAACUCCAUUAUCAGUAGCUGCUCGUAAAGGCUUAGCUGACUGCAUCAAUUGUUUGUUGAGUAAGGGCGCUAAUCCUAAUGAGCCUGAUGAAGAUGGUAAAUUGCCAAUAGAAAUUGCUGCAUCCAGAGGAUGGCGGGAAUGCGUUGAUAUUCUUUUGCCUGUAACAAACCCUUUGGAGAAAUAUGCAAACCUGAGCAUUGCUCAAAUGCUUCAACAAGAAGCAGCUGCACGGCAACACGAAGCACUUACGGCUGUUGUAGAUGGAGAUGUUGCAUAUUGGGAGAAGAAAUAUGCUCAUGCAUUGGGAUGCUACACUAAAGCAUUUAGGCUUGGCCAUGGUGAUCCAGCCUUGUAUGCAAAGAGGGGCCUUUGCCAUCUGAUGAUUCAUGAUCAUCAUAGAUUUUUGGAUGACGCGUAUUCCUACAUGGAUGCCAUGACACCAGAUUUAUCAGUACCUUGCUCUGAGGAAGCUGCUAAGAAAUUGGUGCUGGAGUACGGUAUGAAUUGGAAAGAACUGAGGCCUGGUUCUGGAAGCAACCUGACUGACGAAACUGACCAAGCAUCCAGAACCCAGGCGCCUAGACACUUCUCGAUCCUUCCGGAAAGUCUAGGAUCCCGGAGACUGGACGCCCGCGUGCCCCCCGGCCCCUCCGACGCCGCCAUCCAGACUGCCCGUGAUGGCAACCUCCGCCGCCGCCGCCGCCGCCAAACAGCGAGCGGCUUGGACUUGCGGGGAGUGAGGGGCUCCUAGGGGCGGACCUUGCUCCACUUCGCGGCGGCUGAGGGGCGCCUCAAGGUCUGCAAGUUCCUGGUGGAGGGAUCGGGGCUCCACGUCGACUCCACCUCCGCGGAAGGCGAGACGCCGAUUCUCCUCGCCGCCGGAGCUGAGGGGCGCGACAUCCUCCCCGCUUUGAGGUACCUUCUGGAUCGCGGCGGCGACCCGGCCAUGCCCGACGCCAGGGGAUCCACGCCGCUGCACAACGCGGCGGAGUAUGGGAACUGCAAGGCCGUAAGACUGCUGCUGUCCAAGGGUGUUCCCGUCGAUCCUCUCGGUCAUCGCGGGACGCCGCUGCACUUGGCUGCAGGGUACGGCCACGACCAGGCUAUGAAGAUCCUGCUGGAGCAUGGAGCCGAUCCCAAUAGAGUUGUCAAUCAUGUUCAUUCACCGCUCAUGGCGGCAUGUUACGCGCAUUCCUUGGAAUGUAUGAAGCUUCUUGUUGAGGUCCUGUUACUUCUUGCUCCCUUGAAGUAUUCUGAAUUCUACUAUGCUGGUGCUGAUGUGAACUUUAGAAGUCCGUCUGCCCCACCUGUUUUGAUGUUGGCAGUUAAUGAUGGCUUAACUGACAUUGUCAACUUCUUGCUGGAGGUCGGAGCUGACCCUAACAUUCAUGUUUGGGAUGGGAAGUUCCCAAUCAUGUUAGCAGCAGCUCAUGAACAUCAUGAGCUUGUUGAAAUUCUAUUUCCUCGUACAAAACCAAUUCCAUCUUUGAUCGACUGGAGUGUUGAUGGGAUUAUUAGAUACAUCAAAUAUCCGCACUUGGAGCCUCGGGAGGUGGUGGAAGAAAAGAUAGCUGAUGCGAAGUCACAAGGAAAAGAAGCCUUUGCAAAAGGGGACUACCUUGCUGCAAUCUACUUCUAUGACCUGGCAAUGGGAAAAGAUCCACUCGAUGCCACCUUAUUCGCCAACUGGAGCCUAUGCUGGUUGCGGCUGAGAGAAGGGGAGAGGGCUCUGUCAGAUGCUCGGGAUUGCAGAGCGCUGAACCCACGUUGGGCAACGGCAUGGUACCGUGAGGGCGCGGCUCUCAGCUUGCUGAAGAACUACAAAGCAGCAGCCGAUGCGUUUGUGGAAGCGCUGAAGCUUGACCCUGCAAACAACGAGACCAAGAAAGCGUUGAGGGAGGCCACGGAGUCUAUGAACUAUGAAGAGCGCUGAUCUCUCUGGACAACAGAACCACCAAGCUGCUGCAUCCGUUCGAUCUGAUAAUCCUCUAUAACAUAUAUGGGGAUUGUAACUAACGUAGCAAACAAAGUAGAACGUAGUGCUGCUAAGUCUAGUUUCAUGCCGUUCUUCACUCUUCAAUCUUUUGCAAAACAUUUUGUUGCUGCCUGGAUUGAACAAUGUGUUCUGUUCGGUUGUUCCA